AACCCUAAAAACCAGAUCAUGUUGUUUUAGUUCUGUUACAAGCUUAAAGAGAAUUAUGAAAGGAGGUACGGUUCAGAUAAUUUGGCACGAUACUAAGCCCGUCCUUACCCUAGACCUCCAUCCCAUCUCCGGUCUUCUCGCUACCGGCGGCGCUGAUUUCGAUAUCAAUAUAUGGGUAAUCAAUUCAGGCCAAGUGCAGAAGAAACUGCCGACUGCUUCAUAUCAAAAUAGUCUCUCUUACCAUGGCUCCGCUGUUAAUGCCCUUCGCUUCUCUCCCUCGGGAGAACAGCUUGCCUCUGGUGCCGAUGGAGGUGAACUGAUCAUUUGGAAAUUACACACUACAGAAACUGGUCAAAGUUGGAAAGUUUUCAAGAGUUUGUUAUUUCACCGUAAAGAUGUUCUAGAUUUGCAAUGGUCAACUGAUGGCUCAUUUCUCAUAUCUGGAUCUGUUGACAAUUCUUGUAUCAUAUGGGAUGUUAACAAAGGUUCUGUCCAUCAGAUAUUGGAUGGACAUUUCCAUUAUGUUCAAGGCGUUGCUUGGGAUCCCUUGUCCAAGUAUAUUGCUUCUCUCAGUUCAGAUAGGACUUGCCGAAUUUAUGUCAGUAAGCCUCAAACAAAAACAAAGGGUGCUGAGAAGCUGAAUUAUAUUUGUCAACAUACCAUCAUGAAGGCAGAACAGCAACCAAUAGAUGAUGCUAAGUUGGUAAAAAACCAUCUUUUUCAUGAUGAAACACUUCCAUCAUUCUUCUGCCGAUUAGCUUGGUCACCCGAUGGAUCAUUUUUACUAGUGCCAGCAGGUUCGUAUAAAAUAUCUUCAUCUGAAACAAUAAAAACCACUUGUGUCUUUUCCAGAAAAGACCUUUCUAGUUUCUUUCUAGAACCUAAAGCCAUGAAUAUUGAGAAUACAAACUCAACUGCCCAGAACCCUGGUGACAUGGUGGUUGAAGUUGAUGAUCCAGUCACAGCAGAUGACAAAAUGUCGGAAUGUGCAGAAAAGAGCGAAGGGAAACAGGCAUCACCAAUAAUAGCGAAUACUCCCAUAUCAAAUAAGCCAGCCAAGCGGCGAAUUACUCCAAUGGCGAUCGACCCUUGAUAUUGUCAUGAUUAUGGUACUUUUUUUUGUCAACUUUUUUUUGUUUGCGUAUU